GCUAUAAAGCAGUGUUUGGUUUGACAUCUUUCCAGCGAAGUGCGACUCAUGGCACCGACCAGAGGCUGAGAUAACCUUACGCUUUUGAUAAUAGGUCAUCGUUUUUACUCGUAAACCGUUUGUUCCUCCUUUCGCUCUUUCGGCUCUUCCUGCCUCCCGUCAGCACUUUUGCAGUAAUUCUUGCCUCAGUUAGCCGAGGGCAGUGUGUGACUUGACAGAGGGAAGACGAAAGGGAAGUGUUGGAAGUGUAAUCUCUUAAGAGGAGAGCGUGUCAGCUAUUUGCCUGGUCCGGAGCAGCUAUGUCGUAAUUAGAACCACACCAUUAACAGCAGUAGCAUCCCCAAUCCUCAAACCAUCCACACAGGAGUGGGAUUCGUCGCAUCAACUGAAAGGCGUGCUCUCCUUUUCGCGCAGUAUACCUCUUGUAUGAUCUCUCGUACGCUAUUUGGAAGCGCAAGGGCAGGUCGCUGGAGCAAGAGGUCAACCCCGACGUUUUCUCGGACUCUACUCACUGCGGGGGUUGCGUUAGAGCUGGCAGCCAGGUGGAUACAUUUUUCGCUUUAUUCGCCGGGAGGGAACGACUCUUUCGACACAUUUCAACACAUCUCCGGAGCAAAAUUCGGAGAUAAAACUCGGACGCACCGGCUUUCUGAGUUCUUACAGUGCCGGUGGUGCUGCACCUAUUUUUUGAUCAUGAUAACAAAUGAAAAGCUGUUGUAAGAGUUAUGCUCUUUGAGCUUAAUUUCUGUCUUUCAUGCAGUGAGGUGUAGCACUCUGUAACAGUUAAGUCAAGUCGUCGUGGAAGGAUGAAGAUGUUACUACUGUGGCUAACACUCGGGACCGCGGUUGUCAACGUGGUCGGGUCCCACCAAGGGAUACCCCUAUCUGUUGUAAAGCUAUGGGCCUCUGCGUUUGGAGGAGAGAUUAAGUCCAUCUCAGCAAAGUACUCAGGCUCUCAGCUCCUGCAGAAGAAAUAUAAAGAGUUUGAGCGCUCUGUGCGUGUGGAGGAGAUUGACGGACUCAAGCUGGUCAAGAAGCUGGCCGAGAAUAUGGAGGAGAUGUUCCAUAAGAAAGCUGAAGCCAUGAAGCGAUUGGUAGAGGCAGCAGAGGAGGCCCACCUGCAGCAUGAAGAGGAUCCUGAUCUCCAGUAUGAGUACUUCAAUGCGGUGCUGAUAAAUGAGGUGGAUGAGGAAGGGAAGAGCGUAGAGCUGGGGGGAGAGUUUAUCCUGCAGCCCAAUGACCACUUCAACAACCUGUCUGUCAACCUCAGCCUGAGUGUGGUGCAGGUGCCAACCAACAUGUACAACAAAGACUCAGCCAUUGUUAAUGGGGUGUACUGGUCCGAAGCCCUCAACAAGGUGUUUGUGGACAACUUCGAGAGAGACCCCUCUCUCAUAUGGCAGUACUUUGGGAGCGCUAAGGGCUUCUUCAGACAAUAUCCAGGUAUAAAAUGGACCCCGGAUGAGCACGGCGUCAUAGCAUUUGACUGUCGAAAUCGAAAAUGGUAUAUUCAGGCGGCGACGUCUCCUAAGGAUGUGGUGAUCCUGGUGGACGUGAGUGGCAGCAUGAAGGGCUUGAGGCUGACCAUCGCCCGCCAGACAGUCUCCUCCAUCCUGGACACACUGGGCGACGAUGACUUCUUCAACAUUAUUGCUUACAACGAGGAGCUGCAUUACGUAGAGCCGUGUCUUAACGGAACGCUGGUCCAGGCUGACGUGACCAACAAAGAUCAUUUCCGGGAGCAUCUGAAUAAGCUGUUUGCCAAAGGCAUCGGUAUGCUGGACAUGGCUUUGACCGAGGCUUUUGAGCUGCUCAAUGACUUCAACCAGACGGGCAGAGGGAGUGUGUGUAGCCAGGCCAUCAUGCUGGUAACAGACGGAGCCGUGGACACGUAUGACACUGUCUUCGCCAAAUACAACUGGCCCGACAGGAAGGUCCGUAUAUUCCCUUACCUGAUUGGCCGGGAGUCUGCCUUCGCCGAUAAUCUCAAAUGGAUGGCAUGUGCCAACAAAGGUUAUUUCACUCAGAUCUCGACGCUGGCAGACGUGCAGGAGAACGUGAUGGAGUACCUGCAUGUUCUUAGUAGGCCCAAAGUCAUCGACCAGGAGCACGACACUGUGUGGACAGAGGCCUACAUCGACAACACGCUUCCUCAGGCUCAGCAGAUGGAGGACAGCGGGGGCCCUGUGAUGAUGACCACGGUAGCCAUGCCGGUGUUCAGCACCAAGAAUGAGACGAGGAACAGAGGCAUCCUGCUGGGAGUGGUGGGCACCGAUGUCCCUGUCUCGGAGCUGCUGAAGGCCAUCCCCAAAUGGAAGCUGGGCAUCCAUGGAUAUGCCUUUGCCAUAACCAACAACGGCUACAUCCUUACCCACCCAGACCUGAGACCAUUGUAUGAAGAGGGCAAGAAGAGGAAGAAGCCCAACUACAGCAGUGUGGAUCUGUCGGAGGUGGAGUGGGAGGACAAGGAAGACAUGUUGCGAAAUGCCAUGGUGAACAGGAAGACUGGAACUUUCUCGAUGGAGGUCAAGAAAACUAUCGAUAAAGGGAGACGUGUUCUGGUUCUGCACAAUGACUACUACUACACGGACAUAAAGGGGACCCCCUUCAGUCUAGGGGUGGCCCUCUCCAGGGGACAUGGGAAAUAUUUCUUCAGAGGGAGUGUCACCAUAGAGGAAGGAUUACAUGACCUGGAGCACCCUGAUGUGGCCUUGGCAGAUGAGUGGACCUACUGCAACACAGACGAGCACCCUGAGCAUCGUUACCUGUCCCAGACUGAAGCCAUCAAGCUCUACCUCAGUGGCCGAGAGCCACACCUCAAGUGUGACAAGGAGCUGAUUCAGGAGGUGCUGUUUGAUGCUGUGGUAACGGCUCCCCUGGAGGCAUACUGGACAAGCCUGGCUCUCAACAAAUCAGAGAACUCUGACAAGGGGGUGGAGAUCGCCUACCUGGGCACUCGGACCGGCCUAUCGCGGAUAAACUUGUUUGUGGUGCCUGAUCAGCUGAGCAGUCCAGACUUCCUGACAGCUGAAGAUAAAGAGGGAGUGUUUACAGCCGACCACUUCCCUCUGUGGUACAAGAGGGCUGCAGAGCAAGUGCCAGGCACCUUCGUCUACUCUUUACCUUUCAACGCAGGAAAUGAAAACAAGAGUGUGGUGUUGGCCAGCACAGCCAUCCAGCUCCUUGAUGAGAGGAAGUCCCCCAUCGCUGCAGCUGUCGGGAUCCAAAUGAAACUGGAGUUCUUCCAGAGGAAGUUCUGGACUGCCAGUAGACAGUGCGCUGCUCUCGAUGGGAAGUGCUCCAUCAGCUGUGAUAAUGACGACAUCAACUGUUACCUCAUAGACAACAAUGGCUUCAUCCUCGUGGCUGAGGACGGCUCUUUGACGGGCAUGUUCUUUGGCGAAGCAGAGGGCGCCGUCAUGAGCAGGCUGCUCGCCAUGGACUCCUUCAAGAGGGUGACCCUCUAUGACUACCAGGCCAUCUGUAGAAUCUAUGCUGAGAGCAGCGACAGUGCACACAGCCUUCUGGAUCCCUACUUCGCUGCCUUCGCCACAGUCAAAUGGCUUCUCACCGAGCUUGUCAUAUUCCUGGUGGAGUUUAACCUGUACAGUUGGUGGUACUCUGAUCUCACAGCCAAAGCUCAGAGAGGAGGCAGAACUAUGCUGGUUCCGUGCGACACCGAGUACCCAGCCUUUGUGUCGGAGCGCACUAUUAAAGAAACCACAGGGAACAUCGACUGUGAUGGUUGCAUCAAGUCGUUUGUCAUCCAGCAGAUCCCCAGCAGCAACCUCUUCAUGGUGGUGGUGGACAACAAGUGUGACUGUCGAGAAGCUGGACCGGUCACCAUGGACCCCAUUGAGAUCAUGUAUAACGAGUCUCUGAAAUGUGACCGGCUGAGGUUUCAGAAGGACCGGAGGAGGCCAGACACCUGUCACCCUUUCCACCCUGAGGAGAACUCUAUGGAGUGUGGCGGUGCCCACGGCUUGACCCCGUCUCUCACUGCAAUACUGCUUGCCCUUUUGGCCACCCUCUACCCCAGGUGACGACCGAUGACUCUCCAUCCCUGACCUCAGGCUUGGCUCGGCACAGUCCAGCUUGGCUAGGCAUGCAAAAAAAAGAGAGAGAAAAAAAUAAACAUAAUAUGAAACAGGUUUAAAAAAUUAGUUAUGUCCCACCACGCGAUGAUGAAAAAAUAAAGCGGUUCAAGACCAACCGGUUUCACCAGAACUCAGACACAGCCCCUGCAGC